AUACGAGUGACUUUUAUGGUGACUCAGGAGUCUUUUAUUUCCCUCCUUCCAAAUCAAAUGAAACUGAGUAUGUCUUUAUUAAGGCUGAUAACAUUCCAGAGAUUGACGAGCACUAUACUCUUGUCCUGUAUCAAUAUCAGUCACCAAAGUAUUCACCAGGGACUUUGGGUCAGAACAUAAYGAUAAACAUCACCAUUCCCGCCAAUGAUGACCCGUAUGGUGUCAUUGAAUUCGCUGCUCGGGACUCUGUCAAGCGUGUGGCUGAGGUAAAAGAAGAAAACACCACAGUCAGUUUUGAGGUGCAGCGAAAUAAAGGUACCUUUGGUACUGUGGAUGUCUCAUGGGUUAUCCUUAGUGAUACAGACGCAAGCCUUGAUAUAUAUCCCACAUCUGGAGUCUUGACCUUCCUGGAAAAACAAGCAGCCGGGAAUAUUUCAAUUUAUGUCUUGUCAGACAAGAUUCCCGAAAAGGACGAAACAUUUACCAUUCUCCUUCAAAGCAAAACCGGUCAAGCUUCCUUUGGCGACCGAACUAACGUCACACUAAUCAUCAAGAAAAAUGACGACCCGAUCUUCUUUGAGACCACAAACAUCAAGGUCAGCGAAGGACAGAUUGCAAACCUCAUCAUUCGUCGUGGUGGAGACGGACUUAGUUCAGUAACGGUAACAUAUAGCACCUUCGAUGGGACGGCUCGAGCUUCUGAUGGUGAUUUCCUUGCAAUUUCUUUCGAGCGGGUAACAUUUGGUGUAGGAGAAUUUAAUAAAUCCAUAUCGGUCGUCACUCGUGAUGACGAGAAAGCUGAAGGAGUGGAAAACCUUACUGUGAAACUCUUGAAUUCAACUGGAGAUACAGUUCUGCAGAAUGCCGUUGCAACGAUCUCGAUCUAUGCAAGUGAUGCUGGUACUGGGUUGUUCGAGUUUGAUAAGAAUGCACCUUUGAAUAAGACGAUUAAGGAGGAUGGCUCUCAGGCUAGCUUCAAAAUAACAAGAACAAUAGCCAGCCAUGGUGUAGUCCAUGUUUAUUGGCAAGUGUUUAGUUUGCUUGACAAUGGUAGCCUAGCAGCCAUCCCUUCAGGCGUUGACUUUAAACCUGCAGUCAAUUACGUCAUGUUUGCUGAUGGAGACUCUGAACGAAAUCUCGUCAUAACACCAUUUAAUGACGUCACCGCCGAAAUGAAUGAAAAGUUUGUUAUCAAGAUUAUCAAUGCGACUG